UUUCUCUUUCAUAAUAUAUCUGAGCUCUGCUCAGAAUGCUGCUAAGUUAAGUUCACAAAAUUUUAUGAUUUCUUUAUCUUCUCUCUGUAAGAAGGCUUCAGUGCAGUCUCUGAUCAGUAUUAUUAUAUAUCUGCACUGCACUAAGCAGCUGAAGAAAGAGAGAAUCUUAUACAUCUAUUUCUUCUCUUACUUCUAUUAUUUCUAUUAUAUCUGUAAUAAUAACUUCUAUCUUUCU